AUGUCUCUCGAAAAGGCCAAUGCUGGCCCAGUCAUGCAUCUCCUUGUCAUCCUUUACGGCUCGAGGAAGCGCGAAGAAGUGAGCUUGGAUCGCUAUGGAGAGGAGCAAAGGAGGGUCGAAAUUGACCUCCGUCCACGUCUACCGCGACGGGGUAUGACGCCUCUCGAAAUCAGCCAGUGGGCACACCACUUCGUCGGCGUGAACUAUCAGAGCUUUAAACACUCGCAGAAAUGGCAUUGCGAGUACUGCGAUAAACCUGCACGCAUGUCCGAAAGCCAGUUGAUGUCCUGGACUCACCUUGAUCCACCUCGCAUGAACAUAUACAUGCACUUCGUGUGCAAUCCCUCCGUCGGGCCGUGUGCGGAGAUCCUACGUCAGGCAAUCGUCGAAGCGGCGAGGCUGAGCGGUCAGCCACCUCCACCUCGGCGUAUUGAGCGGGAGAAUCCUUUGGACUGGCCUACUAUGGGUGCCUGCGCGGGUUGCGAGAAGGACGAGACGGCGACACACAAGACGAAGGUAUGCGCGGGCUGCCAGUUGACGCGGUACUGCAGCGCGGCGUGUCAAAAGAACCACUGGCGCGAGCAUAAAGCGGUCUGCAAGAUGGAAAAGACGGUGAAAUGGGUGUGGGAUUGA